AUGUCUUUAAGCACUGCUGGGGACUUAGCCAAGAUGGAAAUAUCUUCCGAGAAGAUUGAACAUGCUGAUAUCGAUGAAGAACCCUCUUUCACCCCCGAAGAAGAGAAGGCGUUGGUGAGAAAGAUUGACAUGACUCUGCUGCCGACGAUAUGGAUCAUGUAUCUGCUCUCAUAUAUGGACCGUACAAACAUCGGAAAUGCAAAGAUUUCCGGUAUGGGGACGGACCUGAACUUAACUUCAGAUCAGUACUCGAUUGCCUUGGUUGUUUUCUUCGUGGGUUACGUGGUAUUUGAAGUGCCUAGCAAUCUAAUCCUCGGCCGAACUCGACCCUCCCUUUUCUUGCCAGGAAUCAUGAUUCUCUGGGGGACUUUGACUUGCGUGAUGGCAGUCAUUAAGAGCUACAAGCAUCUCGUCAUUCUUCGAGUCAUAAUCGGUUGUGUUGAAGCUGGAUUUGCGCCUGGUGUCUUGCUCGUACUAUCAUCAUGGUAUAAGCGCACAGAACAGUCCAAGCGAUUUGGAGUUUAUAUCUCUGCGGCAAUUCUAUCAGGUGCCUUCGGAGGACUUAUCGCAGCUGGUAUCGUUGAUAACCUGGAGGGUGUCCACGGGAUUCGAGGAUGGCGAUGGCUGUUCAUCGUUGAGGGAGCUGCUACCAUCGGAUUCGCCAUCAUCUCCCUGUUCAUUCUCCCCGACUUCCCAGCAACGUCACGACGACUGUCUGAGCGUGAAAAGCAUAUCGCGGUCGCUCGAUUGGCCAUAAAGGAUUUACGAACUUGGGCCUUUGUGAUUGGAUACAUGGUCAUCGUUGGCUCGAGCACUCUCACCUACUUUUACCCGACUUUGGUCCAGGGAUUAUUCGAAGGUGCAUCUACCUACCGCGUCAAUCUUCUCACGGUCCCAAUAUAUGGCGUGGCCUUCGUCUGUACUGCCGUUACCGCCUACUUCAGCGACAAGAUCCCAGCUUGGCGAGGCCUUGUUAUUGCCUGCUGGCUAGCCUUCUCGCUAGUAUGUUCUAUCAUUGUAUGUGUGGUGUACAACUUCACUGCUCGAUACGUCUUACUUGUUUUAAUGGCUGCUGGUCUAUGGGCAACCAAUGGUGGUACGCUGGCGUACGCCUCAUCUGCAUUCGCCAGCAUGCACCCUCAAGCACGAGGUGUGAGUCUGGCUCUAGUCAAUGCACUGGGUAACCUGGCCCAGAUCUAUGGAUCGUACCUGUUCCCGGACUCUGACAAGCCCAAAUACAUUAUGGGAUUUUCAGUUAUUUCUGCGAUGUUGGCUGUAGGAAUUGUUACUUUCGCAGGCCUGCAUGUUUGGUUCCGCCGUCGCACACAAUCUGUGAUUGAAGAAUAG